GGCGUGUUCCCAGCCGGGGGGAGCGGCCGAGCAGCGUCGGGCGCCUUGGAAACGGACGGAAGCCGGGAGGGAGCGGCGGAAGGAUGCUGAGCCCUGAGCGGCUCUCGCUGCCGGGGCCCGAGUACCUGGUUUUAACAGCGUGCGCCAAGGAACACACAUCUUGUUCCGUGAAUUCAGCUUUGUCCAAGCUACUCCCCAUAACAGGGCAUCUUUUCUUCGGACCUUCUGGAGGUGUUUCCGAACAGUGGGGAAAAAUGGAGGCUUUGGAUGCACUGAACAGAUACCUUCUGAUAAAACUACAGCAUGCAAUCCCCUUGCUUCCAAGUAGUGUCAAGGGAUUUGGAAAGGGCCAAAUGCACCGUUAUGGAUUGAUCGGAACUUGGAAGACAGCAAAAGGGCUGCAAACGACUUCAUCAUUUUUGAAGAAAUUUCCAAAUUCUGAAGGAUUUGAAGUUUUUCUUGUUGAGAAGCAAGUCCCAACCCCAGCAUGUUUUCCCUGGGCCACUGAUUUGCUGACAGCACAGGAAUACCACUGCCUGCUGCAGCUGCUGUGCCCUGACUUCCCAAUGGAACUCACUCAGAAGGCAGCAAGGAUUGUGCUGAUGGACGAUGCUAUGGAUUGCCUGAUGUCUUUUUCUGAUUUCCUCUUUGCUUUCCAGAUCCAGUUCUACUACUCAGAGUUCCUGGAAAGUGUUGCAGUCAUUUAUCAAGAUCUACUGUCUGGUAAGAAUCCAAAUACUGUGAUUGUGCCAACAUCAUCCUCUGGGCAACAUCGGCAGCGCCAACCCCCAAAUGACUGCAGCCCGCUCGAUGGGGUAGAUGCAUCUGUCUUCUACCAGUGCCUAGAGUCCUUGUGUGACAGAUCAAAAUACAGGGGCUUUGCCUGAUAAAGGAGACUUAUUUGUGGACCCUGAAAUGGAUCAGGAACUUGAGAAAUUGUAAGUGGAGUUGCCUAAAGUAAGAGGUAAAGCAACAGAUUAAAGAUGGUAGCAUGCUAAGGAAGACUUAAGUAUGAAGUACUAUCCCUGUUCCUUUGCUCUACUGUAAAAUACAGGAACUAACAGAGCAGCCUGAGCAGAGGCCUCCUUCUUUGGGGUGCCUUGGUGCAGCUAAGAAAAUCCUAGCAUAGGCUUCAGAAACAGCACUCCAGAACUACUAUGGUAAAGGCUGGACAUAACAAGUUAGGCUGCCUAGCCUUUGUCUUGUCUCUUUCAGGGUAGCUCAGGUUUCAGGGCUUUCCAUCUCCGGUCCCACCAGCUCCAGCGGGGACACAGCAAAUUUGCCUGUCCGUAACUCACCCAGGAUUAACUCUCCCUGGAAGCCUCUACACCACUGGCGAAAAAUGGAUGCUGAGAGUGAAGGUUCCAAUGAAGAGACAGACUCUUCUGAAAACUGAAGGUUGUGAGGAUGGGCACUAUUCCCACCUUGGGUUUCUCCAGAACCCACUGGAGGAACAGCACCUCCUCCCAGAGCAUCUGCUCUGACAUGUGAUUCUGCCCAUAUCACCAGUGUGUGUGCAGCUGUGCCAGUCCCCCUUGCCAGGUCCACCUGUCUCUUCCCAGGAAGAACACUGCCUUUUUCCUAGCUCCAAAUUUGUGCAGGAAGAGCUCCUUUGCAGAAGCCAUUUUCAGCUGCAGAGUUCUGCCACCCUCUGCUGGCAGGCAAGCCAGAACAGGAGGCCCCAGCUCAGCUUCCACCUGGAAACAGUGGGGUGUUGUCUUACCAAGGCUCUCCCUCAUGGUUCAGCAGGUGCUGAGCGGUGGGAAUGCUACUGCAGGCUGCUUGCCAGUGUUCUGUUGUGUAGCUGUGUUCAGACUUGGCCUAGACAAUAGAGUGGUUAAAUUGCCAGCGGCAGCUCUGCACUCAGGCUCCAUUAUGAUUAUUCCCAGUAAAGCUGCACCUGCAUAUGAUCAAAGGUAGAGAAAUUCCUGAAGUUCCUAGAAAAGAAUGGUGUAGAUAUUGCCAUGCCACCUGCCUCUGCUUCCUCCUCCAUGUGUCCAAGACUUGCCAAAGCAAAUAAGCUAGACUGCAGUCAAUGCUGCAUGGUGCUGUCUGUUCCUCUGCUGAACUGAGAUCCCUUCUGGGAGGCCUCCUGCUGCCUCCAACAGCAAAUUAAAGUCACUUGGAAAAGCAAGCUUCACAGGGGUUGAAGGAGAGAGAGAAACAGUCUUUAAAAGUCCUUGGCCAUGGGUGGUGUGGCUUGGAAAGAUACAGAGCAUCUGCUAGGGUUGGGUGGGCAGAAGCACUAGGGGAGAAGGAAGCAGUUAUCAAACAAGUCCCAGGUAUUUUUUACUAAAUACUGUCAUUGUGGCAUAAUAGCAUAGCCCUUACAACUACAAAAGGAAGUAACAUCUCAUUUUGUUAAUGGUAACUGACUCAGCAGUUUGGCCUCCACAGUCCUGAAAAGAGGGUCUAGCCCAGCUCCUGUGCCUCAGGUUGCAGAGACUGCUUAUUUCCUGGGGCUCUUCAGUUUCUCUUGCUUCUUUGGGAGCCUCCUUGCUCCUUCUCUGCAUAAAAUGCUGCAGCAUGGGCUACUCAGAACAGCUAACCCAAAGCUUGCAAGCAGCCCUGAGUGGAUUCAACCCAUGCUGGACCUAUUUUAACACUAGUUCCAAAACUACUGCUAAGUCCAGUCCCACCUAUGGAGGUAGAAAAAAAGGUUAUUUAUUUAUUGUAAAUUAUUUUAUUUAUUAACGUGCUUGCUAACUGCACUUUCCCUCCCAGCCAUCAGUGACUGUGACACCUUGGCAAUAAAGCACACUCUGUAAGACCA